AUGGAGGUUGAAAGAAUUAUUGAACAACUCAAAGCACCCAUCGCGGACCUCGAUACACUUCUUCAUCUGCUUACUCCUCCACUAGCGUGUCUCUCUCUUCUUCCGCCACGAUUCAACAUCUACCAUGUCCAUCCUUUACCUGCUGCUGCCUUUCAAGUUCCACGACACAUGGCUAUGUUUCAACGCGAAAUAUUGAGCCACGUCGGCCCUACUUGGGAAGCGGUGCUGGCUGAGCAACAAUUAGACUCUUUACUCGAGCAAUAUCUCUGUCCUGAUCUUUUUUCAUUCAAUUCCCCAGCGGCAGGCGACGUGUCUCUUCUUGCUUACUCGACCCUCAUGUCGCUCCCAUUCACGGAUUACUCUAUCCGAGUUCUAGUGCGGCUAUCAGAGCGCUAUCCAAUUGACCGCCUCUUUGUCGCUGUGUUCUCGCACGAUGCUCAUGAUAAAAAGCGAAUGCGUCAGUGGGAAGAUUGCGUUCGGAAUCACGCAUCCGUUCCCGCUCGACUAGCGAAUGCUCUUCAAGGCCAUGAUGUCCCGGCACCACUUGAACAUAGCUCUUAUUUCGCCAACGUUUGCAAACGAACGGAGUGUGCUGUCGCUGCCCUUACCGCUCCUCCCAGAGAAUACGAGAUCUCUGCGCUUGCCUAUCUACUGACCAAACUUGUCAACAUUGGCAUGUUCCCCCCUGUCCCUCCUUCAUCGCCCAGAGAAGUGUCUUUCUUCGAGGUAUGCCUUCCUCAAAUUCGGGCUCGCCUCGCAAAGACGACUGCCCUUGCGUAUGCCUCAUCAUGGACAUCAAUUCUUCGAGAAAUUCCAUCAACCUUGAAUUUACAAUCCGUCUUGAUAUGUCUAUUCGCAAACUUGCGCGCAGAUGCUGGGGUUUCAUCUUCCCAUAGCGACCGUAUGGUGGUCAAAGAGGAAUCACUGUUUCUCUUGGGCUUUAUCAAGCUUCCUGACUCUGACGAUUGGUGGGAUGUUAUCUUGGCCACACUUUUGUCACGAGACUGGAGCGAAGCUCAUGCCAGGAUCUUUGUAGGCUGGAUCUCGCAGCUGGAGAAUGGAGAGAGAGCGUUAGAAGGGCUCCUGGAUUUCGUCAUUGACAUCUGGGCAAACCCAGACCAUGUCAAGCAUUCGUUGAUAAAUCGACAUCAUUAUGUUACCUCUCUUCUCCUCAUUACGACGUCGUACCUGCCUCGCUCGUCCUCCAAGCUAUCAUUAAUCGCCUUUUCCGCACCUCUCAUUUCUGGCGUGGGAGAAUAUAUAGCUCAUCUUGACGAGUCAGUUCGUCGCUGUGGCAUGCUAGUCGCCGAAAUCAUAGCGGAACUCGGUGGAAAGAAGCUUGAUUUUGGUGACUGGGAUGGCGCUGCAGUAUCAAAGACGUGGCCCCGACAAAUGCGAGAGCUCUUGAAGAACCGUGACGUGGACAUUAAGCACAAUCCCAAUCCAGACAUCAUAGACCAGACAUCACUCUUGGCCCCGCCUGAGCCUGUGGAAAACCAUAUGACGCAAGAUUCAGGGUAUGACUCAGACGACUCUUUAACGGGUUACAUAUCCCCGCCAUCUUCUCGUUCCGCUUCCCCUACUCCUUCCGAACUCGCAGAGAUCGAGAAAGAGCCGACUAUCGGGGUUGGGGUGACAAAGGUGCCACGCCCAGUGUACCUCACUCAGCUUGGUGCAUUGAUCCGACCCACGGGAGGCAUGAACUCGGACGAAGCAAAGCUGGCUAGCGACUUGGAAAUGGGCAUGGACUGUGCAGAGGAACUCAUACGCAAGAAAAGAGGUUAUGGUUCUGAGCUCGAGGAAAAUGCUGUAAAUCUCGUGUAUGGCUUUGUUGGUGCUCAAAACAACUACGAGCUUGAGGGCUUCAGUUCCAAACGGCAAGCUGCUCUAACGGCACUUGUUACUUGUGUUCCGCGUAUCUCAGCUCCCACCAUUAUCGAGGAGUUCUUCAAGAACCAAUACUCGAUUGACCAACGAUUUGCGAUGCUAAACGCACUUGCACUGGGAGCAAGAGAGCUGGCAUCAUUGCCCGUGCCGCAGUCUUCACUCCAAGCACCUCACAUCGCAUUCCCUAGCAAAAUUCUCCCUCUACGCUUGCAUCAAAAGUAUACUGAGGAUUCUUCGUCAUCCAGCGUCCUUCCGCGGCUGCUGGAUGACAUCAGCCGAAACGCUCUGGAUCGUGACAUUGAUUCGACUAUCGAUAAAGUACCAGCGUUGGUGCGAGAGCGUCGCCUGAAAGUACAAUCUCGCCCCCCUCUCCAACCAGCUCGAUCGGAACGUCCAUCCAUGGUAACAGCCCCACGAACAACUACAUUUACUGAAGUUGCUUCCCAAUAUUUCGUUGGUCCCAUGAUCAACAGGUUUUGGCUCUUCUUUCGCGAUGAACAGACUCGAGAAGAACGCACACUGCAUCUCCAAGGGAGGCAUCGGUAUCAUGGUGCAGGAACUGGUCUUGUUCUGAACCCGCUUGUCCUAUCUCACUUCCUCACUACUUUGGCUAUCGUUGCACAUGCGGCGAGGAAUUCAAUGGAGUGGUUGGCUGUGAUAGCUCCUCAGGCUUUGGAAGUCGCCCUGACUCUGGGCACUAAGCCUAUAUCUGAUGAAGAUGGUGGUGAUUCGAAAGACGCAUCUGUCUUGUCUGCGGCCUUAGAAUUGGCAUUAGUGGUAGUCGACGGAUGUCUGGAAAUCGACGGAGGCAGGUCGCUAGGACUUGAUCAUACGGCCUUACUAUUUGGAACGGGUGAAUGGGCGGGUUUAGUAUUUUCUCGCCUCGAAAAAGGACUGCUUGUUGAAGGUGGAGGUGGUGCUCAGGAGGUUAAACUCAAAAGAGCGGCAGCGGGUGUACUGUUAAAAGUUGACAGCCUAACUUCGAGAUGGCGACGGUCACGUUCACGGCCGUCAACUCUACCUCAAACCACGACCAUCGCAAAGAAUAUGUCCGCAUCUGCAGCCGUCGCUCCAGUCUCUGCCUCUGCUUCGGCGCCGGCAUCGAAACAAGACAAACCAGCGUCGAAGAAAGCACCGACUUCGAAACCCAAGGCCAAAACAACAGCGGCCAAGAAAUCGACUGCCACGAAGGCCAAGGCCUCUAAGGCGAACCCCGCCCAUCCAACAUGGAAGGAAAUCAUUACGGAAUGCAUUGUCAACGCCGAAUCGCCCCGGACUGGAGUGUCGCGCAACGCGAUUAAGAAGUACGCUGAGGACCAAUACAAACUGAGCAGCGCUGCCGAUGUUUCUCACUUGAACCGGGCUAUUGUUUCCGGGGUCGAAUCGGGCAUCUUUGUCCAGCCCAAGGGACCCUCUGGAUGCGUGAAGCUCGCACCCAAGAACCGUGGUGAUUCAUCGAAGGAGAACUCUAAGCCGGUGUCAAAGACCUCAUCGAAGCCUGCAGUGAAGAAAGCUGCACCGGCCAAGACUGCCAAAGCGACGUCGACUAAAGCGGUAUCGAAGCCGAAAACAACGACGAAGGCCAAGGCUGCCACUACCACCAAGUCAACAAAGGCCACACCAGCUAAGAAGUCGACGACAACAACAACGACCAAGAAGACAGUUGCUGGCAAGGCCAAGGCACCGACAACGAAGAAGGCGAGCUCGACUGCUGCAAAGGCUAAGAAGGCUGUCGUUGGGAAGAAGCCUGCUGCAACACCGAAAGCAAAGGCGACUACGACCAAGGCUGCACCGAAGAAGGCUGCCGCUUCCAAACCAACAAGCAAGCCUCGUUCAGGCGCCAAGAGGGCGACUUGA